AUGAGAGGGUGGGUGGGAGCGCUGCGGGCGGCCGUGGCCGGGCCCGGGCCGGUGCCUCGGGGCUUCCGGGAGCGCUUCGAUUUCGGUGGCCGCGAUGUGGCUUCCUGGUUCCCGGGGCACAUGGUGAAAGGCCUGCGGCAGAUGCGGGCCUCCCUGCGGCGCGCCGACUGCCUCAUCGAGGUGCACGACGCUCGCAUCCCGCUGUCGGGCCGUAACCCCAUGCUGCAGGAGGCCCUGGGCAUCCGCCCGCACAUCCUGGUGCUGAACAAGAUGGACCUGGCUGAUCCCCGCCGGCAGCCGGCAGUCUUGGAGCACCUGAAGCAGCAAGGAUGCUCGCACGUUGUCUUCGCUGACUGCCAGCACGACGGCAACGUCAAGAAGAUCGUUCCCCUGGUUGCCAAGCUGGUGGACGAAAACCCACGCUACCACAGGGCCGAGAGCACCGAGUACAGCAUCCUGGUGAUCGGCGUGCCCAACGUGGGCAAGUCGUCGCUCAUCAACUCCCUGCGGAGGCUGCACCUCAAGAAGGGGAAAGCCACCACGGUCGGCGGCGAGCCAGGCAUCACCAAGGCGGUCUUGACCAGAAUCCAGGUCUGCGAGAAGCCCCUGAUGUACCUGGUGGACACGCCCGGGGUGCUGCCGCCGAAGCUGGGGGACGUGGAGACGGGCAUGAAGCUGGCGCUGUGCGGAGCCAUCCGUGACCACCUGGUGGGGGAGGACAUCAUGGCCGACUACCUCCUGUACACCCUCAACAAGCAGCAGCAGUUCAGGUACGUGCAGCGCUACGGGCUGGCCGAGGCCUGCGACGACAUCGAGCCCGUGCUGAGGCGCGUGGCCCUCGCCCAGGGCAGGACGCAGAAGGUGAAGGUGCUGACGGGCACGGGGAAUGUCAACCUGACGAUGCUCAACUACCCGGCCGCUGCCUACGAGUUCCUGCGGGAUUUCCGGGCCGGACGCCUGGGCAGGGUGACGCUGGACUGAGACCUGUCCCGUGGGGGAGAGGCACCGCCUGCAGCCGAGCGGGCGGGGGACAAAGGCCUGGCUGCUCCCCGCGGACACCCCGGUGCCCCGUGGGGCUGGGG